AUGGCUGAAAUCGCGCCGACGACCCCGGCAGACCCAACUGCGGACAAUAGCCCGCUACUCAAAGUGAGUCCAGCGCAGAAGGCCGGGCUAGAAGCAAGUGUCGAAUCCCGCGACUUCGACGACACCCGGCCCGGCAAAAGGCGCAAAAUUGACACACAGCCCAUGACUGCGGCGGCCGCGCACCUUGACGCAAGAUCCAAGACCAGGGACAAAACGCCCUCGACCGACACGAGCCCCAAUCCACAAUCGCAGGUCCUUGACGCUCUGAUGGGCUCGUCACAAGAUACGAGCAAGGCUCAGACGUCAAAUCCUGCCACAAGCAUCAGUGCUCCCAUGGCCGUCGUUGCCGCUAAUUUACAGCAGCCUUUCAGCCACGAUGCCACAUCGGGCGAAAGUGCUGUACAGACCAGUCCUGUCAGCGUGUCGAGCAUUGGAACACUUGAGAGCCUGCCGGGCCAGUCCGGCAUGACGACGACUGUUGGGAGUCCUCUACCUAUGGAUGAGACUGCUCGGCAAGCGUCUGCCGCAGGCGAUACACCGGUCUCGCCCGAAGACGGGACUAGACCAUUCUCCUUCCCACCGCCACUCCUGCAGCCUCAAAGUGACGCCCGUCGUGGCAUGAGUCUACCGGGUUCCAAUACUCGCCAAGGUACAAAAUCCCCUUCCGCGAAGAAGCACCGGUGUCCUUAUUGCGCAACCGAAUUCACAAGACACCAUAAUCUCAAAAGUCACCUGUUGACCCAUAGUCAAGAGAAGCCGUAUGUGUGCUCCACGUGCCAAUCCCGCUUCCGUCGCUUGCACGAUCUGAAACGUCACACCAAACUUCAUACCGGCGAACGACCACACAUUUGCCCGAAAUGCGGUCGCAAGUUCGCCAGAGGCGAUGCGCUUGCUCGGCAUAACAAGGGCCCAGGUGGCUGUGCAGGGCGACGGGCGUCUAUGGGUAGCUUUGGCGGAGAUGAUGACAUGGAGGGUGGUGAUGAUUCCAUGGAAGGCGUUAUGUAUAACGAACCUGACACUAUGGACGAUGAGGAUGGCAAUCUUCAACGACCUCCAAGCAUCCGACGGCAGGCUCCGUCAGGAGAUGACACUCUAGACGAACAGGACCACUCGUCUCGGAUGCCGAGCACGUACCCACCGAUCCAAGGUCGACCGCCUGGGGGAAUCGUGAGCGGAAACUUCCCGCCAAGAGCCUUUGCUCCCUCGGGGUCGGGCUCUUCCGGGUCUGGUCCGGGUGUUGCACCUCUCCCAUAUCCUGGCAGUGGCUCUGGCAGCACUCGACAUGGCGGCCCUAGCGGUGUCUUUGCGCAGAACCCGUUGACUGAAAGUCCCAAACCGUUGUCGCCAGGUCAGAGUCAUCGUGGCUCAGGAGCGGCAGACCGGCAUCGCUCACCAAGCAUGACCCACUUCCAGGCUGGCUCACAGUCGUACCCUCGAAGCGCGCCAGGUUCUGGGUCAUCAUUGAGUAUCCCACCAAAUGCGAAUACACAGCUGCCGCCGCCGCCAGGCCUCAACCCACCUGAUCCACGGUUCACACUGCCAAGCCAGGGCGCUCCCACCCAUCCUCCUACUCAACCCACCGGACCCCCGACGCACAUGAGUGGCAGCGGUCCGCUGUCGUCGCACAGCAACAGUCUCUCAAGUCACGGACAAUCAGGUCAUGGUAGCGGUGAAGCCAGCAGUCCCAUGUUUGCCAAAGAGGAUCGGCUAUGGGCUGUAAUCAAGAAUCUCGAAUCAAGAGUCAACGGUAUGCAAGAGGAAAUCAACAGUCUUCGAUCACAACUCGCAGCCGCGACCGGAAAUGCACCACAACAACAGGCGCGUGCCGCCUAA